GUGAUCCCCGCGGUGUGUGGACCUGGACCAUGGGACCAUGUGACCAUGUCCCUGGUGUGGACUGUUUACUGUAGUGUCUGGGAGUCUCUGUGGGCAUUAGUUGUUUUAUCAACGCCUGUCCUGAGUUGACAGAGUCUACUGGUUAAUGUUUAACUUCUGGAAGGCAGCAGAACUCUCUCUGUGUCGACGUCUCUUCUUCCUCAGUAACUCACUGACAACAGAUCACACUUCACACAGCUGUCUGUUAAAUCAUCAUCUCAUUAAGUUGAUAUUAAGUGAUCCCACCGGACACCAUGGCCGCCCUGCGGGCUGCUAAACAAGCUCUGAGGAGAGAGAUCAAGCGACGGGUCGCAGCGCUGAGUGACGACGAGAAACACCGACAGUCUCUGGUGCUGUCGAGGCAGCUGUUCAGACACCCCAAGUAUGUGUCCUGUAAGAGGAUCGCAGUGUUUCUCAGCAUGGACGAUGAGGUGCGCACCGAGGAAAUCCUCAAAGACGUGUUUAAACGGGGUAAAAGCUGCUUCAUUCCCAGAUAUGAGAGCAGCGGCAGCAGCCAUAUGGACAUGUUGAAGCUCAACAGCCUGCAGGACAUGGAGACGCUGCCUCUGACAUCAUGGAACAUCCGACAGCCUGCUGAAGGGGACAACAGCAGAGAGGAAGCACUGGCUGCAGGAGGUCUGGACCUGAUCUUGAUGCCUGGCCUGGGUUUUGACCGCUUGGGGAAGCGUCUGGGACGAGGGAAGGGCUUCUAUGACACCUACUUGGAGCGCUGCAUGAGACACCCCAAAGGAAAGCCCUACACUAUCGCCUUGGCCUUCAAAGAGCAGCUGUGUCAGGACGUCCCUGUGGACGACAAUGAUGUGCUCAUAGAUGAAGUCCUGUAUGAAGAUGAUGAGUAGCUAAUCAAUCACCAGUGGUGGUCCAUGAACUCAAUACUGGCUAUAUUUACAUGCCAAAGUCAGCCAACAGUUUAACCCGGCCUUUCUAAUAGUCUUUCCACUGCAGACACUUUGACUUGUUAUAGCAGGAAUAGCCCAGGUGGAACUAAUAAGACUAAUGAUGUCCCAUUGGAAUACAGCCAUCAUUAAUGUUAACAAUAUAACCGGUGGUAUUCGUGCUAUGACUUGUCAAAAUAUCAUCUGUUAUGACAUUAUACCGGUUAAGCUACUAAUUCAGUGGCUAUAUCAAUAGUCGUAAUGAAGGUGCUGGAAUAGUUUGUGCCAGUAUUCUGCUCUAUAUGUCAUGCUGAUGUUGCCAUAAAGAGCUAUUUUGGGUUUUGCUAACCACUAACUCUUUAAAAUUAAGAAUUACUUACAACAUUAAUGGACAGUUAAAUGACAAGAAAUGUAAAUAAAGUUGUAUUGGAAAAGGCA